UACACCUGACUACGUGCCGACAUUACGCGAACAGUAGGGUAUUAUACGGACCAUGCCAAAGUCCGUAUAAAUCAAACAGUGUAUUCUCACUCAGUAGCAUCUAAAUAACAUAUCCUCUCUUUUAUUUUGAUAGUCCGUCUUAACCGUUUGACCUGACUUUGAGUGUAUCCCAGUGUAUAGUCCAGCACGCCAUGCGGACAGGGAGGUAUUGCAGUUUUUUACACAUUUCUGAUACACACGGUGAAUUUUGGCGGGCUGCGUUGUGAUUGGCUGCUUUACGCCCAUGCUACGUGACGUCAUUCCAAGCUCCGUCAACGCGACACGCCCCCUUUUAAAGAGCUGCAGGAUGCCGUGAUCGGAGGAUUAAAAGCACAGGAAAACAUGCAAAGGCGAAGACGCAUUAAUCCCACGGACGAUGCAAAAUUUUAUGCGAGUGCUGGAAGGGACAAAGUGGGACUUGACAUCAGAUACAUCAGUGCCUUUAAAGGUCGUGGUAUCUUCACCUCCACUCCAUUUGAAAAAGGAGAUUUUCUGUUGGAAUAUAGAGGGGAACUAAUAAGUAGGCAAGAAUGUGAGAGCAGACAGAGACUUUACCAUGACAGCCUGAAGGUGUUCAUGUUUGAGUUCCGUUUUAAUGGAAAACUGUGGUGUGUUGACGCAGCAAAAGAGGAUGGGUCACUUGGAAGGCUUGUAAAUGAUGACCAUUUAAAUCCCAAUGCCAAGAUGAAGUACUUGACAGUGGAAGGGAAGCCCCAUCUGUGUUUGUUUGCAACACGUGACAUAAGUCCAGGAGAGGAGAUCACCUAUAAUUAUGGUGAAUCAGACUGGCCAUGGAGAUGCAAGACACUUAAAGAAACAUCUAUGGAGGGGCAUCAGGAUGAGGUGUCCAUAUCGGAGCCCACUACAGGUACUCAAAAGGCAUCAACUAGUCGGAGGCGAAAAAAGGCAUCUAUGGCUGCAUCAACUGGUCAACUGGUUAAAAGCUUUGAUCAGAAUCCUGAUGAGGAAAUACCUCAGGAAAAUUCUGAGACUACAAUUUUGACACCCCUAACUGAAGAUUUUGAAGAGCUAAUGGCUGAGAGCAGUCGGAUCCAGAUAGGUGAAGACCAGAUUCAGACAAGUCCAGGUCCUGGUCCACUCAGCGGGCAUGGAAAGAAUCCUAAUGAGGAAAUACCUCAGGAAAAUUCUGAGACUACAAUUUUGGCAUCCUCAUCUGAAGAUUUUGAAGAGCUAAUGGCUGAGAGCAGUCGGAUCCAGAUAGGUGAAGACCAGAUUCAGACAAGUCCAGGUCCUGGUCCACUCAGCGGGCAUGGAAAGUGUCAAAAUCACCGCCUUGUGUGCGCAACAGUAUCCUCCUUGGACAAAUGCCUUCAGUGUGUGGGACCUGUAGCCUCCUUAAAGUGGCUUGGCUAUAAGUGCAAAGUUUGUUCAGGUGUCUGGCAUAAAACCUGUUUCAGACGAAUUAUAAAUGAAAACCUCCCCCACCAAUCACAGGAGCAACAGCUUUCAAAAUGUUCAGAGGAUGAACUGCUGUCAGAUGAGGAUAGCAUACCACAUUCCAAUGUGGAUCCAAUAUCUGAUGAUGAUCAGGAUCAUUCUGAUGUGGAUUACGUACCAGACUCAGAGUUUCAAGAUGAUGAUGAAGAUUCAGACACAAGUAUACCUUUCAUGCCUAUUCGGUCUAACGGUGGACAGAUUCAGGUAAAACCAGUAAUACCUGAUGCUGGGACAUCUUAUGGGUCAGACACAGGCAUCCCAGUUGUGCCCAGUACAUCAAAAGGUCAAAUGCCCCUUAAAGAAACAUCAGGCUCUGCAAAUUCUAUGAAAACCUUGCCAAAGAAGAAGAAGAAAAAGCUAGAUGAUCAAGCAGAGCCUCACAACCAAGAAUCAACACAUUUGACUAUGAGUACUAAAAAUUACUGUUACAUUUGUGGUCAACCACAAAGCAAAAUUUCUCGCCACUUGAAGACACACACUACACAUGCAGAAGUUGUACAUGUUUUUUCCCUGCCUUACCACUCAAAGGAGCGUAAAAUAUUGUUAGAAAAAAUGAGGAAUAAGGGAAACUUUAGACAUAAUACUGCUGUUUUACAAGGUGGAACAGGCCCGCUGAAAGUAAAGAGAAAACCAAAGGCUAAAGCAGUGGCAGGAAAGUUUGUUCACUGUAUGUACUGUCAAGGGAUGUACCUCCGGAAAGAGCUUUGGAGACAUGCCCGCAGAUGCCCCUGCAAGCCAGAAGAUGGAGAUUUGGAAAAAGAACCUGGGAGGACCAAAGUACUGGGUUUGGCUGUCGCUCAAGAGUCUGCAUCUUGUCACCAGAUCUCAGCUGGAGUUUGGAAGCUCCUUAGUGCCAUGAAACAGGAUGAGGUUGCCUCAGCUGUGAGAAAUGACCUCUCUAUUAUUCAGUUUGCCCAGUCACUCUACAACAGACAUGGACAAGACCCUACAAAGUAUGAAUACAUGCGACAGAAGCUUCGUGAAGUGGGGCGUUUGUUGUUAUGUCUGCGCACAGACUUCUCAGUACAUAACCUGGAGGAGGCUGUUAAACCUGCUAACUUCCAGAGGGUUGUGCAAGCUGUAAAGAAAGUUUCUGGUUUUGAUGAAGAAAAACACUCAUAUGGAACACCAAGCCUUGCAUUGAAAUUGGGGCACACAUUGCACAAAGUUUGUGACAUUAUCCACUGUAGGGCCCUCAUGGCAGAACAUGAAGAACUGAUCAAGUCCACUGACACAUUCAAGAAGUUGUACUCCUCCAAGUGGUCUGAGAUGGUGUCUCACAGUGCCUUGAACACACUGAGUGAUGCAAAGUACAACAAGCCAUCAACUUUACCCUUCACUGAGGAUGUUCGCAUUCUUCACCAGUACCUUGAGAAAUCUGCAGAAAGUGCCUUUUGCAACUUAAAGGAGAAGGCCACGACUCAGAACUAUGCACAACUUGCAAAAGUUACACUUGCACAAAUCAUUGUGUUCAAUCGAAGACGAGCUGGGGAGGUUUCAAAAAUGCGCCUCAAAAGUUUCCAUGAAAGAGACAACACAAAGCUCCAUGAAGAUGUUGCCAUGGGUUUGUCAAAGACUGAACAGAAGCUUUGCAACUAUUUCAGCCGAAUCGAAAUCAUGGGGAAAAGGGGCAGAAAGGUUGCAGUUCUGCUAACACCAAGGAUGGUGGAUGCUCUCUCACUACUGACCAGUCAAAGGACUGAGUGUGGUGUUUGUGCCACAAAUAUCUUCCUGUUUGCAAGACCUAAAUCAAUGACCCAUUACAGAGGGCAGGACUGUUUGCGUGUUCAUGCAAGCCAGUGUGGAGCAAAGCACCCUGAGCAUCUCAGGUCGACACAACUAAGGAAACAUGUUGCAACACUCUCUCAGGUCCUUAAUUUGAAAAACAAUGAACUUGAUCAGGUCGCAGAUUUCCUGGGACACGACAUCCGUGUUCACCGCGACUUCUACAGAUUACCAGUUCCCACAACACAGCUGGCCAAGAUUUCUAAACUGCUUUUAUCAAUGGAGAAAGGACAUCUUUCCAGCAUGCAGGGAAAAUCCCUGGAUGAGAUUGAAAUAGAAGGUGAAAUCGCAUUAAGUGACACUGAGGCCAAAGACAGUGACAGUGAAUCUGAUGGCAGUGGCACAGAAUUCACAGAGUGUGACACUAGUGAGGCUGUGGAUGCUGCAACCGACUCUACAGCUACGGAGCAGGUCCAUGAUGCUGCAGAUUUAGAAGCAGUGUCAUCAGUGACGUCCACAGUGAAUGAGACUGCCCCUCUCUCUGAAAGACAAGAUGCUGGUCAAGACCAUGAGUCCAGAAGAGUGCCAAAGAAAGUGUGGUCUAAGCCUGAGGUUGCUGCAGUUAUGCGGCAUUUCAGAGGUCACAUUUGUAAAGGAAAACUGGCCACCAAAAAUGAAUGUAGUCAUUGCAAGCUGGUAGAAGGCCCUGCAUUAGCACAAAGAACAGUGCAAAAUAUAAGGGACUUUGUCAGAAACAGAGGAAUAGCUGCAAAGAGACAGUCACAGAAAGAGAAGCUAUAAAUCCACAGGGUUCACAGUUGUUCAGUAUGUUAUGGUUAUGUUGAUACCCUAAUAUAUUCAAUAAUGCCACCUGUUAAACAUGGGUCGUUAUAAAUAAGAGAAUAUUUUAGCAUAAAGCUUUUUUUUUUGGAGUUGUGGCUCUUGUGUGGCAGGCUGCUAGUUGCCUGUGGGUUUGGUUUUUGUUGACAAAGUGACUGACUAUGUGUGAGGUAUGUUUUUGUUAAGUGCUCUGACACUUUUUUAUUUUCACACAGUGAUGUUUAUUUCACUAUUUGAUAUGUUGAUACGAUAUACAUAUAUAUAUGGGCAGUAUUCUUACUUAAGAGCAGUUUAUUGAUAAUAAAAUGACUGUCCUGUUAA